GCCAUGGGCCCGCGCUGCACCUCCAGAGGGGCUGGCCUGCGCUGGAACCCGAGGCCGGGGCUGGGGGCGCUCCGGGCUCCGGCCCGCAGGCCGGCCGCCCCCGCAUGAGCCCUGAACUGGAGGCGGAGCGGAGGCCGCGCGCGGCCCGCCGGGCGCCGUCAGGAUGCUCAUCAAGGAGUACCACAUCCUGCUGCCCAUGAGCCUGGACGAAUACCAGGUGGCCCAGCUGUACAUGAUUCAGAAAAAGAGCCGGGAGGAGUCUAGUGGUGAGGGCAGCGGCGUGGAGAUCCUGGCCAACCGACCCUACACGGAUGGGCCCGGAGGCAGCGGGCAGUACACGCACAAGGUGUACCAUGUGGGCUCCCACAUCCCAGGCUGGUUCCGGGCGCUGCUGCCCAAGGCCGCCCUGCAGGUGGAGGAGGAGUCAUGGAACGCGUACCCCUACACGCGGACACGGUACACCUGCCCCUUCGUGGAGAAGUUCUCCAUUGAAAUCGAGACCUAUUACCUACCUGACGGCGGGCAGCAGCCGAACGUGUUCAACCUGAGCGGGGCUGAGAGAAGACAGCGCAUCCUGGACACCAUCGACAUCGUGCGGGAUGCCGUGGCCCCGGGCGAGUACAAGGCGGAAGAGGACCCUCGGUUGUACCGCUCGGUGAAGACGGGCCGGGGGCCGCUGGCGGACGACUGGGCGCGGACGGCAGCCCAGACGGGGCCGCUCAUGUGCGCCUACAAGCUGUGCAAGGUGGAGUUCCGUUACUGGGGCAUGCAGGCCAAGAUCGAGCAGUUUAUCCACGACGUCGGUCUGCGCCGCGUGAUGCUGCGGGCCCACCGCCAGGCCUGGUGCUGGCAGGACGAGUGGACGGAGCUCAGCAUGGCCGACAUCCGGGCGCUGGAGGAGGAGACCGCACGCAUGCUGGCCCAGCGCAUGGCCAAGUGCAACACGGGCAGUGAGGGGUCUGAGGCCCAGCCCCCCGGGAAACCCAGCGUGGAGGCUCGAGCCGGGGCUGGCCACGCGGCCACUCCAGAUGGGCCCGCCGCGGCCCCCGGCCCCGACGCCUCGCCGGACACCAGCUUCGGCAAGCAGUGGUCAUCGUCCUCCCGCUCCUCCUACUCGUCCCAGCACGGGGGGGGCGUGUCUCCACAGAGCUUGUCCGAGUGGCGCAUGCAGAACAUCGCCCGCGACUCCGAGAACAGCUCCGAGGACGAGUUCUUCGACGCCCACGAGGGUUUCUCGGACAGUGACGAGGUCUUCCCCAAGGAAAUGACCAAGUGGAACUCCAAUGACUUCAUCGAUGCCUUCGCCUCGCCCUCAGAGGCUGAGGGGGCGCCAGAGCCUGGAACCGAGGCCACUAAAGGCCUGGAGGAUGGGACCCGCGCAUCCCGGGACUCUGAGGGCCCUGAUGGAGCCAGGGAGCUGGGCGCCGAGGCCUGCGCCGUGCACGCCCUCUUCCUCAUCCUGCACAGUGGCAACAUCUUGGACUCGGGCCCUGGAGACGCCAGCUCCAAGCAGGCCGACGUGCAGACCCUGAGCUCGGCCUUUGAGGCCGUCACCCGCGUCCACUUCCCUGAGGCCCUGGGCCACGUGGCACUGCGGCUGGUGCCCUGCCCACCCAUCUGCGCCACCGCCUACGCUCUCGUCUCCAACCUGAGCCCCUACAGCCACGAUGGGGACAGCCUGUCCCGCUCCCAGGACCACAUCCCGCUGGCCGCCCUGCCGCUGCUGGCCACCUCCUCCUCCCGCUACCAGGGCGCUGUGGCCACCGUCAUCGCGCGCACCAACCAGGCCUACGCGGCCUUCCUGCGCUCGGCUGAGGGCGCUGGCUUCUGCGGGCAGGUGGUGCUGAUCGGAGACGGUGUUGGUGGCAUCCUGGGCUUCGAUGCGCUCUGCCACAGCGCCGGCACCGGGAGCCGGGGCAGCAGCCGCCGGGGGAGCAUGAACAAUGAGCUGCUCUCCCCGGAGCUGGGCCCCGUGCGGGACCCACUGGCCGAUGGGGUGGAGGGGCUGGGUCGGGCCAGCCCGGAGCCCUCCACCCUGCCUGCCCAGCGCAUGCCCAGCGGCAUGGCCCGUCCUGAGCCCGAGGGUGCUCAGAACAGCCUGCAGGCAGCCCCUGCCGCCGCCUCCGGGGAGCCCCGCCGGGCAAGCACAGCCUCCUGCCCACCUGCUGCCGGCCCCGAGGCGCCCGACGGCCCCACCGGUGCAGCCCGCCUUGACUUCAAGGUCUCCGGCUUCUUUCUCUUCGGCUCCCCGCUGGGCCUGGUGCUGGCUCUGCGCAAGACCGUGAUGCCCGCCUUGGAGGUGGCCCAGAUGCGGCCGGCCUGCGAGCAGAUCUACAACCUCUUCCACGCCGCCGACCCCUGCGCCUCCCGCCUGGAGCCUCUGCUGGCCCCCAAGUUCCAGGCCAUCGCCCCACUGGCUGUGCCCCGCUACCAAAAGUUUCCCCUGGGAGACGGCUCGUCCCUGCUGCUGGCCGACACUCUGCAGGCACACUCGGGCCUCUUCCUGGAGGAGCUGGACGCACUGGUGCCCUCGACGCCCACCUCGGCCGGCGGCGGCUUCUGGAAGGGCAGCGAGUUAGGCACUGAGCCCCCCGCCCAGCCAGCGGCCCCCAGCACCACCACGGAGGUGGUUAAGAUCCUGGAGCGCUGGUGGGGGACCAAGCGCAUCGACUACUCGCUGUACUGCCCCGAGGCGCUCACCGCCUUCCCCACCGUCACCCUGCCCCACCUCUUCCACGCCAGCUACUGGGAGUCGGCCGACGUGGUGGCCUUCAUCCUGCGCCAGGUAAUUGAGAAGGAGCGGCCGCAGCUGGCGGAGUGCGAGGAGCCGUCGGUCUACAGCCCGGCCUUCCCCCGGGAGAAGUGGCAGCGCAAGCGCACGCAGGUCAAGAUCCGGAACGUCACUUCCAACCACCGCGCAAGCGACACGGUGGUGUGCGAGGGCCGCCCCCAGGUGCUCAGCGGCCGCUUCAUGUACGGGCCCUUGGACGUGGUCACGCUCACCGGGGAGAAGGUGGACGUCUACAUCAUGACGCAGCCGCUGUCGGGCAAGUGGAUCCACUUCGGCACCGAGGUCACCAACAGCUCGGGCCGCCUCACCUUCUCCGUGGCCCCCGGGCGCGCGCUGGGCAUUGGUGUCUACCCCGUGCGCAUGGUGGUCAGGGGCGACCACACGUACGCCGAGUGCUGCCUGACGGUCGUGGCCCGCGGCACGGAGGCUGUGGUCUUCAGCAUCGACGGCUCCUUCACGGCCAGCGUCUCCAUCAUGGGCAGCGACCCCAAGGCACUGGCAGGACGCCGGCUACCUGAUCCUGUACGUGACGGGCCGGCCGGACAUGCAGAAGCACCGCGUGGUGGCCUGGCUGUCCCAGCACAACUUCCCCCACGGCGUCGUCUCCUUCUGCGACGGCCUCAGCCACGACCCGCUGCGCCAAAAGGCCAUGUUCCUGCAGAGCCUGGUGCAGGAGGUGGAACUGAAUAUCGUGGCCGGCUAUGGGUCUCCCAAAGACGUGGCUGUGUACGCGGCGCUGGGCCUGUCCCCGAGCCAGACCUACAUCGUGGGACGUGCGGUGCGGAAGCUGCAGGCGCAGUGUCAGUUCCUGUCGGACGGCUACGUGGCCCACCUGGGCCAGCUGGAGGCGGGCGCCCACUCCCACGCGGCCCCAGGACCACCGCGGGCAGCCUUGGCCAAGAGCAGCUACGGCGUGGCUGCGCCCGUGGACUUCCUCCGGAAGCAGAGCCAGCUGCUGCGCUCCAGGGGCCCCAGCCAGGCGGAGCGCGAGGGCCCGGGGACGCCGCCCACCGCCCUGGCCCGUGGCAAAGCCCGGAGCAUCAGCCUCAAGCUGGACAGCGAAGAAGAGUGAACCGGACCCCACCCUCGCCGAAGCACACCAGGGGCCACAGGCCCCGGGGCUGCGGUGGGAGGGGGGGGGCCGCGCCCCACACCCCUGCACCUGUGUCUGCCCCUCGGUGUUACUUCCCUUUUGUGGGGGACCUGGCCCCAGGGGAGCGAGGAGGGAGUGGGCGAGGGCCCUGCGGCUUCUCCGGUGUGUGUAGACCCACGAAAUAAACACCGCCUGCA